UUGAAAGGAGCCGGAUCUUGAUGAAACUGGAUCUUUGAAAGAGCAGUUCAUAAGACUUGUAGUUAUAGUUCUUUUUGUUUUAAAGAAAUAAUUUGUUUUUCUUUCGAGGGAACUGGUAGCAGCUCUAUAUAGUUGGAGCAAUGAGGAAUAUAAAAGUAUAACCAGAGGAGUUACAAGGAAGACAAAAGCAACAAAGCGGGGUCUAAGAGGAGAAAGACGCUGCUGAAACUGGUGGAGGACUUGACCCAGACAAGGAUUGACGAAGGAGCCGUUCGUUUGUGUAUUUUGGCUAUCGGUUCUUAUCGUUAACUUAAAAGAGCUGUUAAAAUCUUGAUUCGUUCGCGAACGUCCCAUUUCUAGUGUGUUGCGUUUGGGUGAGCAAUGGCGUUACCGAGAAUUCUGUCAACAAACUCACAAAGAGUGUGAUUUAUGACGUUUUUCACGUCUACAUUUCUCGACUGGGGACUUAUCGGCGGAAGGAGGGUCGCGGGGUUUCAUUCGCACUCACAUACAGACCACCUGUCAUCCAAAGGGUGACACCUCGAUCCUCCUGCUCAGCCCUUCAUUUUUGAUGAGGUCAUGACUAAUGUCAACAUCACCCGAGAUAUCCUGCACAGACAGAUCAGAGACAAACGAGCGUCAGGCUUCCAAAGGUUCCAUCAUGUGACGGACCCCUUCAUUAAGAGAUUGGGCCUGGAGGCUGAGCUUCAGGGUCACACUGGCUGCGUCAACUGUCUGGAAUGGAAUGAACGUGGAGAUCUGCUGGCCUCAGGCUCAGACGACCAGCACGCCAUCAUCUGGGAUCCAUUCAGGCUCAAGAAGCUUACGACUAUGCACACAGGACAUGCAGCAAACAUAUUCUCUGUCAAGUUCCUCCCUCACUCCGGAGACAGAAUAUUGAUAACUGGUGCUGCGGACACUAAGGUCCACGUGCAUGACCUGACAGUGAAGGAAACCAUCCACAUGUUUUCUGAUCAUACCAACAGGGUCAAAGGCAUCGCCACAGCACCAAUGUGGCCCAACACCUUCUGGAGUGCCGCAGAGGAUGGCGUCAUCCGACAGUAUGACUUACGGGAGAGCAGUAAACACUCCCAGGUGCUGAUUGACCUGACAGAAUACUGUGGUAAGCUGAUGGAGGCCAAGUGUUUAGCUGUCAAUCCACGUGACAACAACUACAUGGCGGUCGGGGCCAGCGGUCCCUUUGUACGUCUCUAUGACAUCCGGAAGAUUCACAACUGUAGGAAGUCCCCUCUUGUGCGCGCUUUAUUGAAAAAUCGGAGCCCCAUCCCAGACAGUGCUGUGCAGUAUUAUGUUGCAGGUCACCUGCCAAUGAGGCUUAGGGAAUAUAAUAACCGCAUGAGGGUCCUGGUGGCCACUUCUGUCACUUUCAGUCCAGAUGGAAAUGAGUUGCUUGUCAACAUGGGUGGGGAACAGGUGUAUCUGUUUGACUUGACAUUUAAACAAAGGCCAUACACACUGCUGCUUCCACAAAGAGGCCGGCCAUCAACAGGAGAUGCGCAGCCUGGAAAGACAACCAAUGGCGUUUCCAAUGGAAUCCAUGUGCCAGCCAGCCAUAUUCGAUUUGCCCAAAACGACAUACAAAUGAGCUCGAAUGAGCUUCCUCCCCAUUUGGAAAAGAUCAAACAACAAGCUAACGAUGCGUUUGCAAGGCAGCAGUGGACGCAGGCCAUCCAGCUCUACAGUUUAGGAAUUCAUCAUUCCAGCUGCAAUGCCGUGUUGUACGGAAACCGCGCCGCAGCCUACAUGAAGCGGAAGUGGGAUGGAGACCAUUACGACGCUCUCCGGGACUGUCUGAAGGCUCUGACUCUAAACCCAGAACAUCUGAAGGCUCAUUUCAGGCUUGCACGGUGUCUCUUUGAGCUCGACGAGGUGUCGCAAGCACUGGCAUGCCUCAACGAUUUCAAAGGAAAGUUCCCAGAGCAGGCACACAGCAGCGCUUGUGCCGCAUUGGAUAAAGACAUCAAAACCUACAGCUACUCGGCACCAGAGUCAGAAGAGAAGAAGGCCAACACUUCUCUUCGAUACCACUUACUGACCCAGAAGGCAGUCUCUGAAGAUGAAUUGGAUCAGAGAGAACAGAGUUUGGAUUACAAGCACAGAUAUUGUGGUCACUGCAACACCACCACCGAUAUCAAAGAGGCCAACUUCUUUGGAAGCAAAGGCCAGUACAUCGUCAGCGGCUCAGACGAUGGCUCGUUCUUUAUCUGGGAAAAGGAGACAACAAAUCUGGUUCGUGUCCUGCAGGGAGAUGAGUCCAUAGUUAACUGCUUGCAGCCUCAUCCCAGCUACUGCUUCCUGGCAACGAGCGGUAUUGACCCUGUGGUUCGAUUAUGGAAACCCAGACCUGAGACGGAGACAGAAAAUGCACGUGUGGUCGAAGACAUGGAAGGUGCCGCUCAAGCCAACCAGCGGCGAAUGAACGCAGAUCCACUGGAGGUUAUGCUGCUCAACAUGGGCUAUCGUAUCACAGGAUUGCGAGGCGUUGGCCCCGAUGGUUCAGACGAUGAGGAGAGUGCAGACGGACAAGUACCGUGUCGGCCAAGCUAAAAACAAGCCUGACAGCAGCUGCUCCGUAGAAUGGAAGUAGGAAGCAAAGCGCUUUGGAUUUGAAUCCUAAUUUGCCCUCCUUUUUUGACCGAGGUGAAUAUCAUGUCACAUCGCAAUGCCAUGGGCGGUCCUUGGCUUACGAAGGCGCUCCGUUCCUACGACUGUGAUGCAAGUUGAGUUUUAGUGCAAGUCAAAACUUAGAACUAAAUUAACAAUGAAUUGCUCACACUGUACACAGAACACCUGAAGGACGUAUAGAUAGAACAAUGAAAAGAUUCGGGAAUUGAAAAAGACAAAGAAGACAACUACUUUUAUCUUUUUGGUUGUCUUGCACCCCGGAAGGGGCGUUGUAAAGGGAGGGAGAGACAGGCAAGUCUCAAUAAUAAGACCAGUAUGCUGCUUAGUUGUCACUAUCCAUUUCAUAGUCGUACCAUCUUUAUCUUCGAUGAUGAUCGCGACAUUUGAACGGCUUGAACUGCACAUGCAGUCAAUGUCGAUAUUGCCACAUCUCUACUGAGCCUUUUAAUAAUAAUAAUAAUAAUAAUUCAUUCAUUCAUUUUCUACCGCUUUUCCUCACAAGGGUCGCGGGGUGCUGGAGCCUAUCCCAGCUGUCUCCGGGCGAGAGACAGGGUAUACCCUGGACUGGUGGCCAGCCAAUCACAGGGCACAUAUAGACAAACAACCAUUCACACUCACAUUCAUACCUAUGGACAAUUUGGAGUCGCCGAUUAACCUAGCAUGUUUUUGGAAUGUGGGAUGUGAAAAAACGGAGUACCCGCAGAAAACCCACGCAAGCACGGGGAGAACAUGCAAACUCCACACAGACAUGGCCGAGGGUGGAAUUGAACCCUGGUCUCCUAGCUGUGAGGUUUGCGCAUAAUAAUAAUAAUAUAUUUUAUUUGUAUAGUGCUUUAAGGCGCUUUACAGUAGAGAAAAACAGUAAAAGAUGCAUUAAAAUACAAUAUCCAUACAUUAAUUCAGAGCUAAAACAAGGCGGGGCGCAUUUUACCAUGGGUAAUUUCACUUAUCACUUUUUUCACUUUUUUUUUGACGUACUGCCACCAGAAGUGGGAGAGACAGUAGAGGUUAAAAGUGAAGUCCUUCCUCUGUGUACCGUAUUCUUCCACCUAUGUAUUCUUCCGCUGUGCACACGUAACUAGUCCUUUAUUCUAGUGCAGUAUUAGUAAAUUCACAGGAGUGUGUUCGGAACCACCAAACAUUGUUAAACAAGGACCACCUGUCUGCAUCAUGCUUUGAGGGCAGGCGGGCGCCUCUGUGAACGGAGGAAGACGUUUUUUUUUAAACCAAUCAAGCCUCUCAGACUGGAGUUUGUCACAUGGCUCAGCACCUCUCCCGAAGGUUUUAUGUUUGCAACCACAUGUCGAAGGAGAGGCACUCUAGUGACCUAUUUUCAGGUCCCACCAUGGAGGAUCAAAUCACAAGACUAAUAGAUGCUGCAUUUCCUGUCUGAUCUCCAUCAGCGUGCAUGCAUCUCAGAAAGGGUAUGACCAUCAUUUCGGGUCUUUUCAGUUUGAUUUUUUUUUUUUAGACUGAAAUGUCACUCCCUUUCAUGAAAUCUGCAUAUUUAUAAUUAUUGGGAUGAGCUUUGUUUCAUUUAUAAGAAAAAAAAAUCUGCCAAAGUUUGCCCUCCAUUAACUAAAUGGCCAUGGAUUUGUGUUCUUUGUUCUUUAUAACUGAGUCUUCACUCAAUUAAUUUAAUCAGACUCGUAAGUUUUUAUUUUUUCUUCAAAUCAUUGACGGCACUUGAACUGUUGGUGUGAGAAAAAAGCAGGUUGUGUUUAGGUGUAACACAAAUGCUCAUUUAGGGUACAUGCAGUGUUUGAUGGACACAGUGUGUCAAGUACUCGUCCUUGGCUAGACUGCUCCUGAACUAAUUCAGCAACGCACAUGUAAAACGUAGGCUUUCAUGUGUUUUUACUUUGUUCAUCGGUUUUCUUUAAGGAAUCAUGUAAUCACAUUUUUUUUCUCCCUUGCAAACAGAACACAACCAUAAAGAAUAAGAAUGGAAUCACCUUGUGUUUUUCCUUUUUUUUUCUCAUGACAAAAAUGUUCUUGUAGAACAGUUACACAACACAUAAGCAGUACUGUCGCAAAACAAAUGAGUUUGGCAAUGACAUGCUGAAGGUGAGGCCGUGGUAUGAACAUUUCUGGCAUCCCCCCCUCAUACAUCAGCGUCUCAUCCACUGCCUGCUUUUGCUGACUAUUCAUAAUAGAUGUGCUCAGUAUAUCGCCAUUAGGACGUCCCAUGUUCCAUAUAUGGUACAAUGAGGUGACCCAGCUUCUGCUGAGUUUGCAAACUUAUUCUAUGCAGAAUAGGCCUCAAAAGUAACUCAAGCAGGCUUCUACGGCUCCCGAGAAGGGGGGGUCAGGCGAUCAGACAACAUAACUUUGUGC